UGAAUUCGUAUAUCGCCGACUCGCCGCUCGCGUCAUGUGGGGUCACAUGGCCCGAUACCGGCCCCCAAGCGACAGAGCUCAGGUUGCCAAAAAUGUCUCCUUUACUGGAAUAUCUGCGAUAUCAUUCCAGCUUUACCACGUUACAUGAGUUAGAAUUUUUAAUCCAUCCGCCUAUCCGAACAUGAGCACCACGCAUGGAUUUGGCGACGAGGCCUUCCUGCAAUUCGAUCCAUACGAAGGACCAGACUCUGUUGUUGUUUCCCCUACUAUGAAUCUGCUAUCAUCGGACAUAGACUCUCUGGUCCUCGAUGAUGAUGAUUCGUCUAUUCUAAUAAAGGGAAGUGAAGUUGCCGCUGGGAGUGACGAUCCAAGGGACAAAGGCAAAAAGGCUCUCAGAUCGCUGCCUAUCAUGAUCGCCCCAUUGGCUACGGAUUUGGACGAUUUUGUCAUGUCCCCUACUUGGUCUGCAUGCUCGAGCUAUCCAAAUACUCCUGAUGCAAUGUCCGCAUUGUCCUCACCAGAAGCCUCGGGAUCUUCUUCUUUCCCGAGCUUUUCCCUUGGGUCAUUCAGUACAGUCUGGGCAUCGUCCGUUUCCGCUUCGAACCCUGAUGAACUUGGCGGGCUUUCCGUAGAUAGAAGCGUCGUGGAUUUGCAGGAUAGGAAAGGUAAAGGAAAGGCGGCAUGGGACGAUGAAAUACCAUCCACGAGUCCACCUCUGCCGCUCUCGCCUGUUGUUAUACAUGGAUUUCCUAGUCAAGUUGCUUCUUCUUCUUCAUCUUCGAACGAACCCUUGAUCGAGCAGGCCUCAGCCUCGGUCGAGUUUUCAGCUGCUCAAUCCGCAUCAUCGUUCGCUACUAUCCAUAGAGUACUACCGCCUUCUCGGAGACAUUCAUUUUCCCAUUCCCAUACUCUCAUCCGUUCUAAACAUCCCUCAUCCUUGACCAGGCUCAAGGCCAAAUUCAGCUCACCUAACAGAACCCACACUCGCAGAGUUUUAUCUAAGAAGAUAAUCACCCCUCCCGCGCAGCUUGCAAUCCCGCAAUUAACCCCGGCAAGUAAUGUGCAUGUUAAUUCCCCUGCUUCGUUGUCACUGGAGGUUGAAUUACCUCUUGAGCAUGACGAAGCUUUGGCGAACUAUGCCUCCGCUCACACGACAUUCAAGGCGAAGGGGCGGUCCUAUUCGUCACCUUUACCAAUGUCUGCGCUAGAUUAUAUCCCUGCUCGUCCCGAGGAUUUAUUCGUUCCAAUCGUACGUGCAUCUAGGAAUCUCUUUGACGAGGUUUUGCCAAAGGAAUUGAAGCUUGAGGUUUUGCUUUCGCUUGUAGCGAUACAUGAGAAUGAUAAACGGAAGGUGCUCGGGCAUGCUGAUUGGAGUGUAACGAAAUCAAUAUCCUCCAAGAAUAGAUGGUUAGGGAAAGAUCGAGCUGUCAGGGAGUUGGUGAAGUUGAGUCGAGUCUCCAAAGUCUGGAGGGAUCUCAUAUAUGAUGGCCAAUUGUGGUCUACCCUUGAUUUUCGCUCAUUUCCAAGCAUGCCAAGGACUCUAAUUUCUAGCAUCACAAGAUGCGGAGGUCGUUUCAUCAGUUCAAUAGAUUUCUCUGGCCAUGUUCAUGUCAGCCCUAGCACUCUCCAAGAAAUUACGGAUAACAUGUGCAUAUUCGGGUCUGCGUCCCUAUCAAUUCCUUUCACCCAAUUGACUUCAAUCAACUUCCGUGGAUGUAGUGCACUCUCCACGCGUUCGCUUCAUUAUCUACUCGUUCGAUCUCCUAGACUGCGACAAGUUUGUUUUAGAGGUCUACACUGCGUCACCAAUACGACUUGCGAUAUCAUUGCGAUGUAUUGCCCUCGUGUCACGAAGCUCGAUAUGAACAGAUGUCACAACAUGGACGCUGAGGGUGUGAAACGGCUAGCAGCUGCCGUCAAGGCUCGGGGAGAGUUGCUUCAAUUGACAGAACUCCGGAUAUCUGGUAUAAAGAAUAUCGACGACAGCACGAUGUCUCUUUUGGGCCAAGUCGCUCCGUUUUUGGAGGUCCUCGAUCUGAGCUAUGCUCGACACCUGCACAAUUCUGCUUUGGAUUCUUUUGUCGCCCUUGAUGAUGACGAGGAAGCGUAUAAAUCAGUUCUUUUGACAGCCCGUGAAGCGGGACGGGAUCCCAGUGACUUUAGAAGAUACAGAAGACGCAUAACACGUCUUCGACAUCUCUCUUUAUCCUCCUGUAUGUUGUUAACAGAUAUCGCUUGUUCGCAUUUAGCGUAUACCGUCCCUCGCUUGGAAUUCCUUGAGCUUGGAGGUAUUGGGGAAGAAUUAGGUGAUGACGGGCUCAUUAGGCUGCUGAAUACCACCCCACUGAUUCGCCGACUGGACCUCGAAGAUGCUUCGGAAAUCACAGAUGCAGUAUUAGAUGCUAUCACUCCGACGUCGAGUUCGACUUCUUCUUCUCAACAACCGGCAGAACUCGAACCAGGUCACGCUCUGGAACAUCUGGUGAUAUCGUAUGCUGCUGGUGUCACUGACGAUGCUCUUCUCGCGUUGGUGCAAGCGUGCAGUAAUUUGAAGGUUCUGGAGGCGGACAAUACCCGUAUGGGUGCCUCUGUGUUGCGAAAGUUCUGCGAACUACAGAGGCCUGGAUCCAAGAUCGUUGCGGUGGACUGUCGGUCUAUUACAGAGAGCGUAGUCAAGGAACUAGCGCCUCUGGUGCGUCCAAGGCGGGGAUGGCGAGGAUACGAUGCGCGGAAACUCCGCUUCCUAGACGGGCGUGACUUUGGUGUCAACAGUAAAGAAAGGGACAAGGAAAAGGAAGCGAUCAUGAAAGUGGCUUUGGGACAAGAUGAACUAGACGAGAAGAGGGUUGUUCUGAAGACAUUUUAUUCGUGGCAGACUGUAGAUGCGGUUUGGUCUGCGAGAGAUAAACGCCGCAAAGGAAUAUCUCGAAGAAAGGCGAACGAGUCUUUGGAUAGCGAUACAGAGGACGUUGAUGGAGGUAUACGGGUAGGAGGUACUCGUUGGUGGACGCCCGGUGGACGGAGAUCUAGGUCAGCUAGCGGAAGCAACUCGCCACUGAUCAUAACAGACCCAACUGCUGAUACGUGCGUAAUAAUGUGAACGGUGAAUUUUUUUUGUUUUUUGCGGAACAUCUCAAGGGCGAUUGCCUGUAACAACUAUCUGUACUUUUUGCUUGCUUUCUUGAUGACCAUGACAACUCACGACACCUAGCUUUGAUUUUGUUGUAAAUAUCUGUAGUUGUAUCUGU